AUGUCUUUCAAAGUUCUCUCUCUGCUCCUCGCUUCUCUGGGCUUUGUUUUGAUGGAAGAAAACGUCUCGGGCGUAAGCAUAAGGACUCCCAGCGCCAGACCAGUGCAGAGACGCUACUCCGAGGCCACCCUGGCAAGCGAUUACAGCCGCACGAUGGACAACAUGCUGAAGAAGAACUUUGUGGAAUGGUUGCUAGCCCGGCGGGAGAAGAAAAGCGACAACAUCAUCGAGCCGUACAAGAGGGAGGCUGAGCCCCAAGUAUCGGCGGCGAACGGCCAGAGAGUGGAGCUGGGCACCCAGGAGGCCAAAGACUUCUUCGCAUGGCUUCUGAAAGCCAAGAAAAAUCAGAGUUUUACUUCUCCAGAAGGCUCAGAAAGUUUGAAGGAUGUUUUGAACCAGGAGUUUCUGACAUGGCUGAUGUCGACUGAUCUCUGUGGACCAACGUGA